UGAAAGCAGAGAAGGAAGAAGGGUCAAGCUCUGAGCCAAUGGUGAUUCGAACAAGAUGCCACUCCAUAGCUCACUGCUUCAUAGCCAUGCUCAUCUGGCUCGCUGCCAUUCAUCUAAACAUUCUCCUUCUCCUGCUUUCUUCUUUCCUCUUCUUCUCCAGCUCCACCCAUGCAGCACUCCUGAUUGUAGGACUUCUUCUUGUUCUCAUGGCCAUUCCAUUGAAUGAAAAUAGCAAGCUUGGCCAGGCAUUUGCCAGAUAUGUAGGCAGAUAUGUGCCUGGUUAUUUCCCCAUGACUCUGCAUAUUGAAGAAACAAAAGCUUUCAAUCCAAAUAAAUCUUAUGUGUUAGCUCUUGAGCCACAUUCAGUGUUUCCUCUUGGCUCUCUAUCUCUUUUAAGCAUCACUGGCUUGAUGCCUCUUGCUAAGACUAAAGGCCUUGUUAGCAGUGCCGUGUUCUACACUCCAUUCCUUAGACAAAUAGCUACUUGGUCUGGUCUCAUAUCAGCUACAAAGGAGAAUUUCGUUAAAUAUUUGGAAACUGGACAUAGUUGUAUUAUUAUUCCUGGUGGAGUUCAUGAAGUUAUGUAUAUGAACCAUGAGUUUGAGGUUGCAUUUCUGAAGCAGAGGCAUGGAUUUGUUCAAGUUGCUAUUGAAACUGGCAGUCCUUUAGUCCCUGUGUUUUGUUUUGGCCAGAGAAAUAUUUAUAGAUGGUGGAAACCGAAAGGAAAAUUAUAUCAUCAUAUUGCUAGAACUCUCCGGUUUGCACCUUUAGUAUUCUGGGGAGCAUUUGGAUCUCCCAUUCCGUAUCGUACACCAAUACACAUUGUAGUUGGAAAACCAAUUCAAGUUAGACGAAAUCCAAAACCUACAAAAGUUGAGGUUGCAGAAGUUCAUGCUUGCUUUCUAUCAGCAAUUGAGAAACUAUUUUUGAAAUAUAGAGAUGUCACAGGAUGCAAAGAUCUUGAACUGAAAAUUCUUUGACCAAAUAUUAUUUUUCUCUUAUUCUAUGCACAUAU